UUCAGUACGACUUGUGCGACUGCACAGGUCAGGUGUGCAGGGUAGCCAUGGGGACAACCAGCAGGUCGUCCCUCGUUUGGCAGGUUAUCAUUAGUGUCAUACUGUUCGCUGUGCUGCAAGUUACGGCCAGAGGAUAUACGCCAAAAUACCCGAGUAAAGGCCUCUUCCCCACAACUUUCAACUUGGCAGCGAAUGCCGGCAUCACAGUGAACGCCACAUGCGGCGAGACAGCGCCCGAAACAUAUUGCAAGCUCGUAGAACAUAUUUAUGACAGGGAACCUCAGUGUAGCGUGUGCGAUGGCAGCAGUCCAAGCAAGCAGCAUCCUAUCAGUUAUGCCAUCGAUGGUUCUAAUCGAUGGUGGCAGAGUCCUUCGCUGCAAAAUGGGAAGCAAUACGAGUGGGUCACCAUCACGCUCGACCUCAAGCAGGUGUUCCAAGUGGCCUACGUGAUAGUGAAAUGUGGCAUCUCUCCGCGUCCCGGCAACUGGAUAUUGGAACGAUCGUUGGACGGCGUCUUCUAUCGGCCGUGGCAAUACUACGCCGUGAGCGACGAUGAAUGUUGGGAAGCCUACGGUGUAGCCCCUACGCCUGGAAAACCCGCCUACAAGACGGACGACCAAGUCAUCUGCACUUCCUAUUACUCGAGCGUCACUCCUCUCGAAGACGGAGAGAUUCAUACAUCUUUGGUCAAUGGAAGACCUGGUGCUGUUGAGUUCACGGAAAAGCUCAUGGACUUCACCAAAGCACGGUACAUCCGGCUGCGUCUUCAGCGCAUUCGUACCCUCAACGCCGACCUCAUGACCUUCCAGACUAAUGAUCCAGACAAGGUGGACAAAUCUGUUACACGCAGGUACUUCUAUACCAUCCGAGACAUCUCCAUUGGAGGCCAGUGCGUGUGUUCCGGUCACGCGAAAGAAUGCCCGGCGCAGCGAAAUGGAGACCUCCACUGUAAAUGUGAACACAACACCUGUGGUACCAGUUGUGAGCGAUGCUGUCCACUCUACAACCAGCAACCGUGGCGGAUGGGUACCGGUGAGGAUGCUGCAGAGUGUGAAGCUUGCGAGUGUUUCGGGCAUGCGUCUUCUUGCGUCUACGAUCCUGCUGUGGCCAAACGGAAGGCUAGUCUCAACACACAGGGUGUCUAUGAAGGGGGAGGCGUCUGUCAGAACUGCACCCACCACACCUCCGGCGUUAACUGCGAACGUUGCGAAGACGGCUACUAUCGGCCACACAACGUGCGCCCGGAUAGCCUCGAGCCGUGCCAAAAAUGUUCCUGCUCCGGCCCGGGCGCGACGCGGAAAUGCGUUUCCGAUGAUACGCACAUAAACGAAGGCCUGUUCCCGGGCGACUGUAUCUGCCACGAGGGAUUUGCCGGGCCCAAGUGCGACAGCUGCGCGCGAGGUUACAGGAACUAUCCCCGAUGUGAGCGCUGUCGGUGCCACUAUGCGGGAACAGAAGACAGCACUCAGUGUGAUGGGCACUGCGUCUGCAAGAAACACGUGGAAGGCGAUCGAUGCGAUCAGUGCUCCCACGGAUUCUACGACUUGUCCGAGAGCAAUCCCGAAGGAUGUUCUUCCUGUUACUGUUUUGGAAUCACCAACAUCUGCCGCCCCAGUGACUGGGGUGUAGAAUACGUCACAGAUCCAGAAGGCUGGGUAAUAACGGACAUACCUCGGCGAAAGGAAGUUCAGCCCACUCCUGAGAGGGGACAGCUCACGAUAGCAGAUGACGAUGUCGGCAUGGAUAUGUAUUACUGGGAGGCUCCAGAGAAGUUCCUCGGAAAUAAGCUCUAUUCUUAUGGUGGGGAUAUCAAAGUGAUGCUGAACUACGUCGCGGCUCGUGGAGACACGUCGGGUCACUUCGUGGACGGCCCCGUGGUCAUCUUGGAGGGAAAUGGCCUUCGUGUCGGGUACACUCCUGGCAAAGGGCAGAAGCCCAGUCGUGGUAACGUCACGGUGUCUGCACCACUUCGUGAGCAGGAGUGGCAGAUUCUGGACGACCGUGGCCGUCCCCUGGGGACGCCGACGAGACAGGAAUUCACUCUUCUCCUGCACAAUAUGGAUCGGUUCUUGCUGAGAGCCAAGUACCACACAGAUCAAGUAGAGGGCGCAAUGAGCGACAUAGCACUUCCUGUAGCAUCAAGGGAGUCGAAAAGUGUCAAGAAGAUGACAUCUGUCGAAAUGUGCCAGUGCCCACCUGGUUAUGGUGGUCUCUCUUGUGAACUGUGUGCUCCGGGGUACCGUCGUGUGAAUGACACGCUCGUUGGAGGACGAUGCGAGAGCUGUGACUGCAACAAUCACGCGGAAUCUUGUGACGCAUCCCUUGGAAGGUGCUACAACUGUCUGCACUUUACGACGGGAGAGAAGUGCCACAAAUGCUUACCGGGUUACUAUGGCAACCCUCUGCUCGGUUUCCCGGACGACUGCAAGCCCUGCGCCUGCCCACUGGCAGACGACGACAGGUUUUCGCCCGCUUGUCGCUCCGUGCUGACGACCUCUGGAGAAAGUGAUUAUGUCUGUACGGAGUGUCCCCCAAACCACAGUGGCAAUAAAUGCGAAAGGUGUGCCGAUGGGUAUUACGGCAACCCAACCACUCCCGGCGAAGAGUGCCGCCCGUGUAGGUGUGGGCCCAACACGGACACUUCCAUCGCCGGAUACUGCGAUCACCGCACGGGACGUUGCCUUCGCUGUCGUGGCAACACUGGCGGAUGGCACUGCCUGGACUGCCUUGAUGGGUUUUAUGGUAACCCUACUGUUGAGGAAUGCCGGACUUGUGACUGCAGUGUGGUGGGUUCAACGAGUCAGCAAUGUAAUCGAACAACUGGCCAGUGCACGUGCAAGCCUGGAUUCUCGGGAAGAGCUUGUGACAGGUGUCAUGAUGGCUUCGGAAAUGUUGAAUCUGGCUGCGUUCCUUGCCUUUGCGAUCCGAGAGGGUCUGUGUCCAGCCGCUGUGAUCCAAUCACGGGUGCAUGCCACUGUCGGCCCGGAGUCUUUGGAACCCACUGCGAUUCCUGCCUCGAAGCGCACUACGGCUUUUCGUACGAAGGUUGUCGAUACUGUGGCUGUGAUCCCCAUGGAUCUCUCGCUCCUCAGUGCGAUGAAAGAACUGGGCAAUGCCGCUGUCAUCCCUCUGUUGUUGGCCGUCAGUGUGACCGAUGUCAGGGUGGUUACUGGAACAUACAGUCUGGAAGAGGUUGCGAGGAAUGCCGCUGUCAUGCAACAGGGUCUUUGAGCAACCAGUGCGACGAAAGGACAGGACAGUGUCCUUGCAAGCCGGGGGUCGGAGGAAAGGAAUGCGACAGGUGCCUUCCAGGACAUUACAAGUUUGGAAGGCACGGAUGUAACGCGUGCGAGCCAUGUGACACGCCAGGUCGCGUGUGCGACGAAGAAACCGGACGUUGCAUCUGCCCUCGCAACACUGGAGGCCCACGCUGCAACCGUUGCAACAGUGGUGCCUGGGGCUUUGAUCCCGUCGAAGGCUGCAAGUUAUGCGAAUGCAACCACUUGGGCUCCUUGGGCCCGAACUGCGACGAUGCCACCGGACAGUGCCGCUGCCAGGAAGGCUUCGAAGGUCAGCACUGCGAUCGCUGUCGUCACGGCUACUACGGCUUUCCUACCUGCAAGCGAUGCGACUGCCACAUGGAUGGAACCCAACCGGACAGCUGCAACGCUCAAGGGGUUUGCCAGUGUGACAAACGUGGACAGUGUCCUUGCAAGGAAAACGUUCAUGGCAGACGCUGCGAGCAAUGCAAGGAAGGCACCUUUUCCCUGGUUGCCACCAAUCCGAAGGGAUGCACAGAAUGUUUCAUGUUUGGAAGAACCAAGAAAUGUCAACAGGCUAGAGCAAUUUGGGCAGAUAUCGUGACCCCUCCACAAGAGGUCACCACCGACGUCGGCCAGCCUGAACUUCGACAGGUGUACCACUACAAAGUGAUCCCGCCACCCAAGGCGCAGGGACCAAGUCGAGUUGGCAUUCCAUAUUUGAUAGACCAACCACUCUACUGGUCCCUUCCUGAUGAAUUUCUUGGUGAUAAGAUCGCAUCAUAUAAUGGACGUUUACGGUUUCGUGUGGAGAGCGAGUCGGACUCCAAGUUUCCCGACACCCUCAUGCAGCAGUACCCGCUUGUGUUCCUGCAAGGGAACACGCGCAUUCUUCUGAGACAUAACCCCAAAGAGGUGUCGCCAACUGGGCACUACACCGUGCGCAUACACGAGGAUGACUGGGAGAGAGUGGACAACCCUCAUGUGCCAGUGACGCGUGAAAUGCUGAUGGUUGCGCUCCAAAACGUGCAGCACAUUCUCAUCCGUGCGACAGACGGUCCUGACGUCAGAUAUGCAAGACUAAGCGAAGUGUCCCUCGAAAAUGCUGUUCCUCUUCGACCAGGGGAAGUGACGCCUUAUGUUGCCCAAGGAGUCGAAACGGGACGUUGCCCAUACCAGUACACUGGCCUGUCUUGUCAGGAUCCAGCAGAUGGCUUCUACCGUAAGCGCAAGCCAAACUACCUCGACAGCAAGAUACUCCUGGAUUUAGUAGGUUGGGCAGAACCUUGCGACUGCAACAAUCGCACGCGCACUUGUGACAAGGAGACUGGAGCCUGUAUUGGUUGCACUGGCAACACUGUGGGAGACCACUGCGAGAGAUGUGCCCAAGGCUACUACGGAAUUCCAGCAAGAGGUCCCUGUCUUCCGUGCGCAUGUCCACUUCCAACAAACAGUUUCAGUGACACCUGUCAAACUAGUGGACCCGACUACGUCUGCACAGAUUGUCAGCCCGGCUAUACUGGCAGACGAUGCGAAAGGUGCGCGGAUGGCUACUUUGGCAACCCAUUGGUCGAAGGUGGCCGAUGUGAAUCUUGUGAGUGCAAUCCUUACGGAUCGCACAGCCGUCGGUGCGAUUCUCAGACGGGUCAGUGCCACUGCUUGCCCGGAAUUACGGGCAGGGACUGUACGAUGUGUAUGGCACGGCAUAUCCUCACGGAGUACGGGUGCAAAUCCUGUAAUGACGCCUGUACAGGAAUACUGCUGGAUGACGUAGAAGCAAUGUUGGAGCGUCUGAACGGCAUUGACCCAGACGACCUGCUCUCGUCUUUGUGGCUUCUGCUCUUUGCCAUGAACGAUACUACCUCGGCACUACGGGUCCGUCUUGAUCGCUAUCUGUACCUCAUUGAAGAAGGAAAUCAAGUCCUGUCAAAUUUUUCAUUCCAUUUCAAUUUGGAAACUCAGGCGAACAUCCUUCUUGAAAGGGCUAUAGACACAGCAAUAACUACUCCAAAAGUCGCUGAUGAUGCCCACCAAGUCCUCCUGGAUGCUCAAAGGUUGCUGGAUGAGAUAAAUAACAUCUGGAAGGACAUACUUGACUUGGUGGACCGUUUGAAAAGGCACGGCAUCGGACAGGGUGAAAUCGGUCUGGGCAUAGCACGCAUGAUUGAAGAAGCCAAGCGGAUUCUGCAGGAAUUGCAAAGGAGAAAGUUUGACAGGCCAUUUGAAGAUGCUCAAAGGGAGAACCGGAAAGCCCAUAACCUUCUGGAUCGUGUCAAAGGAUUGCUGCUCAAUCCCCAACACGCAGGCGGAAUUACCGAGCGCCUCGAUCGCGUUGAAGCCCUCCUCAGAGAAAUUCUCGUCAUUGUGCAGGAAGACGUGCAGAAGCCCACUGCGAAUGCAUUAAAUCUGGUGCAGGAACACAUACAAAAGCUGGAGAUGGUGCACGGACUCAUGGAGGACAGCGUGCACUUAGCGGACAGUGCUAACUCUUCCUUGCAUGAAGCCCGGGAGUUGCUACAGAAUGCGAGGGACGACGUCAUAGAUGCGUCCUUAAACUUUGACGAACUGCCUCGGCUGUUGAAGGAGUUGCGCAACAUGACGGAAGCGCUGGAGCACAGACGUGGCACCUUGGAUCGGAUCAACCCGGAGUACCGCGAGAAGUAUGUUCGUGCAGCGGAGAGACACGCAGCAAUGCUCGAGGCACAGGUGGACCGUCUUGCUGACCAGUUCAAACAAACACAAGAAGUGUCGGAAGCUGCGCUAAAGGCAGCAAAGGUCUACGAGAACAUUGAAGAUGCAAUAAAGGAAGCCGAAGAGGCAGCACGAGGGGCAUCCGAGGCUGCGGACAGGGCUUAUAAGGAGGCAUACCCCCGUUACGGAGAGACCCUCAUGAGCAGGGCAGAGCGCGCCCGUGACAGAAGCGAGGACCUCCUCAGGCAGGCCAAGGAACUGAGAGAUCACAGCGUACCAGAACUGCAGUACGACAUGCGUGCGAAGAAAGCAGCACUGAGGGCUCUGGAAAAGGACAUAACGUACGCGCAGAAAGCUCUGGCUGCCAUCAAUCGCGAGCUAGACAAGUUGAGACGAGACGUGGCAGCUGGGGCCCGGGAAGCGAGACGCAAAGCAGAAGCUGCGGAUGACACACAGAGGGAUGCCAACGAUAAGAUCGAUGACUUGCUGGCGCGUAUUGCAUUACUCGGUGAAAAAGCCGCUGCUCUGGAGACCGGAUCGGCUCAGGGGUUGGACAACUUGACGAAGCUCAUCGACGAUGCCCAGCGAGGCGUCCGCGUUGCUGACAAAUUAGCCGAACGCUCCGAGCAGUCUGUGGGACGGGCCAGUCGUCAGCACAGUCAGCUUCAGCUCAACCUCAAGGAACUGCGGGAUAAGAUCCUACUUGCUCGACAACGUGCCUCUAGCAUACGUGUGUCCUUGAGCGCAGACGACGACGGCGUCUGCUCACGGUCCUUCCGGCCGGAGAUUGAGUCUACCACUACCAACACCAUCGUCCUCAAUUUUGCCAUUAAAGAACCCGAUGCCAACAGCCUCUUGUUCUUUAUAGCAAAUUCUGAUGGAAAGGAUGAUUUCAUGGCCAUCGAAAUGAUCGAUCGCAAGAUCAAGUUCUCCUUUAAUGCUGGAGGGGGCACCACUAGUCUCAAGCACAACAUGCAGAUUGAAACGAAUGACCACCAGCUUGGAAAAGACAGCCAGUGGUACAAAGUAGAGGUCUUCAGGGUGGGCAACUUCGCCACCUUGAGCGUGAAGCGUAAACCCGACGGAGCCCGAGAUGAUCCAGAAGAGGUAUCCGGUGCUUCACCCCCUGGGUAUGGAAGAAUGGACCUGGAUUCAACCUCACACUUUUACGUAGGCAGAGUUCCGGAGGAUAUUCCCGCAGCACGGGAGCUCACAGCAACAAACUUUGUCGGCUGCCUGCAUGAGGUCAUCCUAGAUGGGAAACAGGUUGGCCUUUGGAACUUCCUCACAAAUGAAGGCUGCGAUGGUUGUAAGACAGGCCCCACGGAAGACGUGGAUCCAGGCUCGUACCACUUCAAGGGCGAAGGCUACGCGAUCCAGCCUCAAAUCAGGCGCUACAAUAAAGAGUACUUUUUCCUGUCUAUGCUCAUCAAGACGUUUGACGAAGAAGCGUUGCUAUUCCUUUGCCCCAAUUUGAAAACGGGCGACUUUUUAUCUGUGGGGCUUCGUGGAGGCCACGUCGUGUUCCAGUUUAAAAUGGGUUCCAAUGCACCCGUCGAGCUACGAACCGAAAAGAAAUAUAAUUCGGGCAAUUGGACCAGGGUCGUCGUGGAACGAGAUAGACUAGAAGGUGUCUUGAACGUAGAGGACGAGAUACUUCCAGGAAGUCUGCCUCGAACGAGUCCGGACAGCAUGGACCUGCAGAAGAGCAAGCUCUAUUUUGGAGCCGUGCCUCCAGAUUUUGAUACCUCCAGGUUCAGCACAGUAGUGUUCCAGAAUUACAUAGGCUGCUUGAAAGACCCGCAGGUGGACACAACGCCACUAGACCUACUCAAACACGAGGCAUACCGCGUUGAUCCAGGCUGCUCGGAUAGGAAAGUGAAGCUCGUAAGCUUCCAAGGCUCUGGUUAUGUAGAGCUUCAAAGCAAGACAUUAGCGGCAGAAGGAAACUUCGGCUUCACCUUCCAAACGACGCAGAGCGAUGCCUUGCUCAUGAUCUCAACCUUCUCCGGUGUGAAGGGAUCCGAACAUAAGAAAGACAACUACUACUCUGUAGCUCUCAGGGAUGGCUUCCUCGAUCUUCGUCUCAACGGUGGAAGCGGUGCCGUAACCCUCACAUCGAAGCAGCGUUACAAUGAUGGAAAAUUCCAUACAGUAGCAGUGCUGAAGACACACAGGAGGAUACAUCUGAACGUUGACGACGAAGAAAUAGCGCAAGACCGUCUGCCGAAAGGAUCAUCAGAAGUAGAAGCGCCAUCCCACGGAGGACUUUUCUUUGGAGGAGUUCGAAGUGGCAUUGCGAUUGGGUCUCAGGCAGCCACUCGCGAGUAUUUCAUGGGCACCAUUAAGGAUGCCGUCUUUAAUGACAAGCUGCUGGGCUUCAACAGCCCAGUAUCAUUUGAAGGAGCAGGCAUCGGUCGAUUGCUUGAAAUGCAUACAGGUCGUGCGUCUUCUCACCAUGACCAGAUGGAAGUUUUGACGGAACAGCAACUUGAACAGUGUUCAGAUGCGCCCGAAUACGUACUCGAGGAGCAUGCCGUCAAGUUUGGUGAUGCCCUACACAGUCAUGUUCUGCUGCAAGUUCCAACUGUUGACUCCAAAGGAAACUUCACCCUUAGCUUGAGCUUCAGAACCUAUUACCCCAAUGGAGUGCUCGUGGUAGCCCUGAACGGUGCACGCACUAGAUACUUUGCCCUUGUGCUCAGCGGGGGCACGGUGGUGCUGGAAGUGUUACAGAAAACCAAGAAGAGUAUCCAUAGUCACGGAAGCCUAAACGAUGGACAGUGGCACACGGUGUUGGUGAGGAAAGAAGAUUCCUACAUGAAGGUGCAAGUGGACAAGAAUCCGGAUGUAGACAUGCCGGGGCAACGCAAGGUGCCCUUCAGUAGCUCUCUUUACGUUGGGGGCAUCCCCCAACGCUUGCCCAUCCCCGGAGGACUUGUUGUGAAAGAGAGCUUCAAGGGGUGCAUCCGCAACCUCAACCUCAACGAACGACCGAUCGACCUGGCCAGUGGCGAAUCACACACCAUUGGACAGUGCUUCUCCUCUAUCGAGAAGGGAGCCUUUUUCCAAGGCGAUGCCUACGCUGUCUACGCGAAUCGCUUCAACGUCAACAACAAGCUAGAAAUUGAGCUCGAGUUCAAGACAUCUCAGCAGAAUGGAAUCUUACUCAGUCUGUCAGAAAAAUCCAGAGGGGGCUCUCCAGCAUUAGCGGUGGAACUCUACAAUGGCGAAGUAAUCGUCUCGGUGGACCUUGGCCACAAUGGCACCGGUGCCUUCCGUGCACGCAAAGAAUUCGCGUCACGCUACAAAAUGUGCGAUGGGCGCUGGCACCUCCUGCGAGCGCAUUUUUCGAGAGAUCAGAUAUUCCUGCGUGUGGACAAGGAGGAAGCCGUCAACGGAUUGGCGCUGGCAACACCACCGGAGCCGCAUACGAGUAGUCCGCUGUAUGUGGGCGGGCUUCCAGAGGAUGGGAGCAACGGAGCCCUGUUUGGAAGGGAUAACUUCGUGGGGUGCCUUCGGAACGUUGCGGUCAACGACAACAGGGUCGACUGGAUCGACAUGGCUUCCAUUCACAAUGUUUUACCAAAUUCCUGUCCGGCAAACUGAAUACCUUAUCCUUUGCAUAGUUUAUAAUAUUCGGGAUAACGUAUAUACAGGUAGUAUUUAAUCUAAGCAAGUCAGCUGUUCACAACUACAAAAAGGAAAUGGGACACGCAGUGAUCAUGCAGAGUUCCGUUGCGCUAAAAAUCGCGAGAUUCGCAAGGUGCCUCUGGGAUUGGCUUUGUGCAGCUAUUGGUCAAGUGCAGAAAGAUGUGCAGAUUUUAAUAUAAUGCUGUUAACACAAAACAAUGUUGUGGGACUACUU